UUCGAUUACAUUACAGUAAGCGUUUACUGAUAGAUUUUUACACAGCUUCUCGAUCAUCCACCAUCAUGGCAAGUAGUAUGAAAAUCACCAUUGUUGGUUGUCUGUGCUUGGUAGCCUUGACGUAUGUGAAAGGGCAACCAAUUACUACCACUUCACUGGAAACGCGGUACCUCCUAGAGAUGUGUGCAUUCUACAACAAAGAAAGUGCUAGCGGCUGCGACUUUGAAAACGUGAUCGAAGACGUGAAAGAACACGGAGAAAAUCUGGAAACACCUCGAGGUCCCUUUCAGAAUUGGGAUGGUAACAAGGUAGAGGAGAUCCUAGACUUGGCUCAAGGGGGAAAUGUUUUCUGCAACGCCAAGGGAGGCGCCAUCCUCAGCGCAUGCGCAGCCAUGGAAGCAGUUUGUGGUCCUUCAAAGGUGAACCUCAUUAGGUGCCAAGACGUCACCCAGGCACCGACUACAACCAACCCCGUAUCUCCUACUACAGCUAAUUUUCCAACCAAUCAACCUACCAUGACCGCCUAAAACCAUUUCUCAAUCACCGAACAUCGACAUUACAUUAACCACUGGAUGUUAGAUGGAACACACAGAACUGAUAUGAAUAGUAUCCGAGAAUAGCACAUUCUCUCCAUUUGAGUACACUUUUGGAAGCUUUUAUCAUUUCGUACUUUCUUAUUCAAUUGUUGUAGUUAACACAAUUUCAGAUCUUUUAACAGCAGAUAAUAAAAUGUUCACAGAAUAUAACGAAUUUACAUUGUAAAACUAUGAAUAAAUGAUAUCUUCCAAACGAUUGUUUUUCAGGAAAAUGUUAAAUAACAGAGUAAACAUGAGCAAAUGACGAUACAAAGAAAAUUACUGAAAAUACCCGUCCGUUCAUGGUGUGGUCCCACAUGUUCUUUCUUGUGUUAGCUACACAAGGUAACGCAUGUGGUAAUGAAAUGAAUUUAAUUACAAGAAAGCCUGAAAUUAUUUUUCAUUAAACUUCGUUGUUCUAAAUAAGCAUUCUAGGGACCCUACUUGUUACAUAAUAUGUUUGUAUAUGUAUAAAUUGCUUGUUGAUUUAAUAUAAAUGAAAUG